CUGCAACAAUAAUAGGAGAAGCAGAUUCUUGCGCUACGAAGGCGCUUCCCCAAAUUUCAGGAGCUUUGAAGUUUGCAGUCCCAUUCUCAAAUGAAAUGGUGUGGCAUUGGACGGUAGAAAGGUAGCAUGCAAGACUUUGUCGGGAGGGCGUUUCUGGCAGGCAAUUCCAGUCGUGUUUCGUGCUCAAUUUGAAGCAUUUGAAGCGGACUACAAGACAUCCGAGGCAGCAAAAUGGAGGAUCACAGUGCCCUGGUCUCAAAAUUGGGGGCCAUUGACCUCGCAGGGCCGCAUCCAGGAGAGCGCAGCACCGACAAAGCGCCGGGUACGCCGCCCACUGCUCUCCGGGGCGUAAAUGGAGCACGGCCUUUAGGUGUGAAUGAGGCGCACAAGAGCUCCACGCCAAAGAGAGGACUGAGGGCUCCCCGGGGAGGCCUCAAUCUGCAAGUGCCAGCGAGGGGGGAUACACUAGGUUCUGGCUUGUAUGGGGGUGGUGAGCAGGGUUGCGGAGAGGGGGGGAACAUCAGUGAAGAAAGGGCAAUGUUCUCUGGCAAUGGCCUCGAACACCCCACUGAGACGGUGGGGACUCUCAAGCGUGCACCUAUCGGCAACCUCCAACUGCCUGCAACUGGAACUUCAGCUGCAGGGGGGAGCGCUGCCCUCAGUCAGCGGCCCCCUGUGACGAAUGGCCGGGCCGGGACGUCCCUGUCUGCAAGAAAGAAACCCCCUGGGAAACUGAAUAUCACAGGGGGGCUUGGCAACCUCAACGGUGACAUGCAGCAGCCACAGCAAAAGAAGGAGUUUUCCCUGAGCGAAAGUGGAACUUUCAAGGAAGGUGAUCUGACAAUCAGCAAGACGGGGCUCACAAUUCAGAGGGACAGCGGCCCUCUCGGUGCGGCCGGGCGGCCAGGUGGUGCUUUCGCUGCUCCUGAGAGGCCUUACUCAUUGCCCCCACCUCCGGAAGACGCGGAAGCUCCGAUGGUGUCAAACAGGCCAAGCCCUGAAGAGCACGAGAGCAUCACGCUGGCGGACUUAGAGGUGAUCAAGGUAGUCGGGGUGGGGAGCAGCGGCAAGGUUGAAAAGUCUCGACACCGCCGCACUAACAAGAUUUUUGCGUUGAAGUCGGUCCAACUGAACAUGAAGGAGGAGGUGCGCAAGCAGAUUGUGAACGAGCUCAAGAUUCUUCACCGCUCAUCGUGCCCCAGCAUCGUCAAGUGCUACGGCGCAUUCCACAGCGACGGGGUCAUCAAGAUCGUUCUUGAGUACAUGGACGGGGGAUCCCUCUCGGAUGUGCUCCGGGCGGUGAACAAGAUCCCGGAGCCCUUCCUGGGGGCCAUCAGCAAACAAAUCCUGUUGGGGCUGCAGUAUCUACACAAGCUGCGGAUAAAGCACCGGGACAUCAAGCCCGCGAAUCUGCUGCUUAACCGGCGGGGCGACGUCAAGAUUGCCGACUUCGGUGUGAGCAGCCAGGCGGGGUCGUCCAUGUCGAAAUGCGGGUCGUGGGUUGGGACGGUGACCUACAUGUCGCCGGAGCGGAUUGAGGGGGGCCAGUACGGAGUCGACUCCGACAUCUGGAGCAUGGGGCUCAGCAUCGUGGAGUGCGCGCUCGGCAGCUUCCCGUACUCGCAGGCGCCCAACCUGGGCUUCUGGGACCUGCUCACGUUCAUUGUACAUAACCCCGCCCCGGUGCUGCCGCCCGACCAGUUCUCGCCCGAGUUUUGCGACUUCGUCGCGGCGUGCCUGAAGAAGCGGCCGCAGGACCGCCCGAGCGCCACGCAGCUGCUGGAGCACCCUUUCAUCAAGAUGUACGAAGGGCGGCAUGUUGAUCUAGCUCAAUUGUGCAAAUAGUGGUUAGUCUCUGAGUUGUGUCCAUUCACGUCAUGCGAAGCUGUGCGCUCAUUGUCCUGUCAACUACGGUGACAAUUUAAUUUGCCGUUGCCAUGUAAAAAGGUUCUGUUGGUACGUCGUGUUUGGUCUCGAUCAGUCCGUGAUGUUGUGGGCUGAUGUACGUGGCCUAUGCCCUGUUGCAGCCCGUUCGUCGAUUUCUUAGUGGAUCUUAGCGAGCAAGGUACAAGUCAAGGCGGGUCGCGUUGAGCUAGGUCGACAUGCGUGGUGCACAAUGAAAACUUAACUUAAGAUUCUCAGAGGGAAUUAGGCUGGUCUGAUCUGCCUGGCCCA